UGUGUGUGUGUGAAACGUUUGUAAACAUUACUAUUUGGUAUUUUUGGAGGAAAAAUAAUUAUUUUCGAUUAAAAUAAAAAGGUGGAAAAAAAAUGUCUGGAUCAAGUGAAGAAGAUGAUUAUAUGUCAGAUGCCUUUUUAGCUAAAACUAUUGAGACAGAUGUACGUCCCGGUUUGGUGGGAAAUCAUAAAAUUGCUCGCCGAAUCAAAUUGGAAGACGAAAAGAAAAAAUUGGAUGAUGAACAAAAGAAUAAACAAAAGCCAGUGAAACAAUUGGAGGCGGAACGUCGGGAGGAAGGUUUGAGCGCUGCCAUUUCAUCGGAUAAUAAAGGAUUUGCAAUGCUUGCCAAAAUGGGGUAUAAACAAGGUGAUGCUAUUGGUCGAUCUUCCACAGGUAUCGUUGAGCCAAUUUCCAUUCAAAUCAAAAGUGACCGUGCCGGAUUAGGCCGUGCGGCAGCAAUAAAACAAUUGGAGGAAUACAAAGAACGGUUGCGUAAAACAAAGUCCGAAGCAAAAAGCGAAACUAGUACAUCAUCGUUGCAUCUAUUCAGGCAACGAAUGGCACAGAAAAAUUGUGAUCGACAACUUGAAGCUGAUUUAUGCAAAUGUCAGCGAGCAUGUGAAAAGCUUGAUAUCGACGCUUCAAUUGAAAAAUCAGUGAUGGCAUUCUUUUGGCCAAAACGCAACAAAGGUGAACCGGCCGAAACACAAGAAGAUCCAUAUGAUGAAAAUGAUAAGAAACCAAAACGACUGCGAAAAGAUUCAACGAGCAGUGAUGAUAGUGUAGCAAAGAAGCACUUUGGACAUAUGUCGGACAGUUCCGACUCUAGUAGCUCUGAAUCUGAAGAAGAAGAAACGAGAAAAAUUGAAGAAAUACCAAAUGAAGCACCGAAUACUGAUGAUGAAGAAGACGAAUACGAGACUUCUGAAAAGGUUGAAAUGUUAACCACUUACCUUCGAACUACAUAUUGUUAUUGCCACUGGUGUGGCACUCAUUACGAAAAUGUAGAUGAUUUGGAAGCCAAUUGUCCGGGCACAACAAAAGAUGAACACUGAACUUUAAGUACUAGUGUCGAAAAAUUCCAAAUUAUUUUUCCAAUUAAAAAACAAUGACCAACAUAUUCUCACUUUAAAGAAGUAUUUUAUUAUUACAUAAUCAGUUAUUUAAUGGAUUGAUUUUGUUUUGGUAUGAAUUCUUUGGUUUUUGGCAGAGUUACAUAUGAUUCGGGUUAAAAACCCUCUACAAACAUAAAUAUUUCACUAAUUUGACACAUUUGUGAACACUUAGAUAAUAAUCAAUUCAUGUUUUAAUGAUAGGAUGAGUUAAUUCUGUUUUUUUCUUAAUUAGAAUAAUAAUGCUAUCGCUUAUGGAUUAAAAUGAUUUUAGAAAUAUUUGCGAGAAACUCCAAAUAUCGAUUUUCAUUGAAGGAAAUAGUUGUUUUACACGGUCGACAGACAAU